AGGGGAAGCGUUGUGGUUUUUUGUUUUUUUCGCGAUUUUAUUGUUUUGAGGAAUCAUUAUUUUACCGAGAUGAUGUCACGAGGCCGCUUCAACCAGUCCCACGGCUGGGACUCCAUGAGAGAUGACUACGACAAUACGUACGACGCGCAAUAUCCAGACGACGACAUAAACAGUGGCGGUGUGCAGCUAGACCACUGCAAGCUAUACGUUAAAAACAUAACCAAAGCUAUAAACGAGGAAGGACUUCGCACCGCGUUCGCAGCCUACGGGAACAUCCAGAAAGUUUACUUCAGCAAGGAUCCUCAUAAGAGAUUUGCCCUUAUAACAUACGAAACUCCCAGUGAAGCGAAGUUGGCAAUGAUGAAACUGAAUAAAACAGAACCACUCAGAUUUAGCAUAUGUUUAGCUCAUAAGAAGAACGACGCACCGCAGUCCCAGCAAAAGGAGAGAAGGUACAACAACUAUGGCCAAGAUUCUGGGAGUUACUCCCACCGGAACGAUAACGGCAGCGUCAGCAGUCGAGAUCGUCACAGCAUGAAGCAUGGGGAUAUCACUAAUGAUGGAAUCAACGAUCAUGGGAGUAUUCAUGAUGAUAAUGUGGGUUUCGAGCAAGGGUUGGAUCCCGAACUGGAGAUUGAGUACGAGCAGCUACAGCUGGAUUAUCUGAAGCUGCAGGAGGAGCAGAUACAGUGCAAGCAGCGCAUGCUGAUCCUCAAUCGCAUCGGCAAGAAACCUAGUGCGCAAAAGUUCGCCAACCGGUGCAUUCUACCCGAUGGAAGAGUAGUCGUUCGCAAUUUUAAUGACAGAUCUGCCGAUCAACCGGAUAGCAUUUUCAAUUCUGCUGCUGGAGAUUCGAGGGCGUUAAAUUCAUGUUCCUGUGACCAGAGAGCGUGGAACGAAGCCGGAACUUCAGGAAGUUCCAGUGCAUCCACUUGCGUACUCUGUUCCGAAGACAGGAGCGUUACGAUUAAAGAUAAGUCACCAGUAAAGUACGGCAAGGCACCCGACAAAUAUGUAAAGUCCAUUAGCACAGUAACCAAGUCUGUAGAUUUGAGUAAAACAGAUAAAAAAUCCGAGUGUUCGAGGUACAGUAAAAUGACAGAGGUAACCAAAUCCAUCAUAAGUAAGUCAGAUUAUAGUAGAGUAAGCGAGACUGUAACAAAACAAUCAGAUGUAACUAGCAAGAGACUGACUAAAUUAGCUAGAAAGAGUGACGUAACGUGCGAUAUUAAGUGUAGUGACUUUUAUAGUGACAGCGACGAUGAAGCUGACGAAACAAACAGACUUAUAAUAUUAAGAAAUGCAGAUUACAUGGACAUAGUUGAUGAGAAAUUGAAAAUUGUCAUUACACUCGCAGGUUACCCUAAAUUGAAGAUGCGAUUAAAACAAAUGGAACAAUUCCAACAUUCACUGAAUAGUAUUAUUAAUAUGCAAUUGAAAGCAGGUCUAAUGAAGCAAACUCCGCAAUUCUUGGACUAUUAUCUCAACAGAGGUGCGAUUGUGUGCAUUUGUAAGGAUGUUGAAAGUAGAGAUUGGGUGGUUAGGAUUACGCCUGGAUUGCGGGAACGCAUGUUUAAUAACUUAAUUCUGCUUAAAGCGAAAGUCAAAAGGUUAUGUUUGGCCGUAAUCAAGAUUCCAAAAUCCUGCUGGCCGGCGACCGCUCAUGAUGCGUUCAAGCUUUUGCAGUACUUCAACCCGACUUUAAAAACUCAUCUGUGGAAAAUAUAUGCUCAAAAAAUUCAUGACGAUGUAGAAGUAACUUCUUUCCUUGUAGAUAGAGUGUCUGGGGAAAUAAUUCGUGGACCUAACUUCAAAAAUAUUAUAGAUUACGACCAAAUGGAGUUUGAACUGACCGGUUAUUCUGAGAUUUAUUAUGAAUGCUUCCUUUCGGAAUCCGAUGAAGAUUUGUCUAGCGUUGCUUCAAGAGUCAAAGUUCUUGAGGAAUUGCGAUCAAAUCAAGUUACACCGAGAAACAAACGUGAAAACGUCAACGAUAAUAUUGAACACGACAACAAAAAUGACACGAAAAGUACAGUAAAUGUUAAAGAAUGUCGUGAAGAAAUAAAAACUUCUAGUAUUCAAAAAAUAAAUGAAAAUGAAAAUAAAGGUGAGAUUGUGGACUUUAAAGAGAAUUUAGCAUCUUUCGAUGUUAAAAAGGCGCCGAAAGAGAUUAAAAUAGCUUUGACAGAAAAGGCAAGUGAAAUUAUUGCCAGUCUAGCCAACGAUAAUAGUUGCGAGGAUCUUAAUAUGCAAAUCGCUAAAGUAAAUGAAUCUGAAAUGGAACUCAAUGAAGCAAAUAUUUCUAUAGCAGCUGUUUCGGAUGUAACUGAGUCUGUUAUAGAAAGUAGUGAACAUUUAUUUGUUGGCAGGAACAGCAAUCUACACAUUGAUAGUAAUAGAGGUAUUGCUUAUCAUAGACGUACGAAUUACUUGCACAUAGAAAACGAACUUAAAAUAGCUAUAGUUUUAGAAGGCUACCCUCAAAAUAAAUUAGAAGGUACCCACAUAAGACGAUUGAAGCAUUUAUUUAAAGACUACUUGCACAAAGAUAUGAAGAUGCAACGUUUUACAAAUUUCAUUAUCCCUAAAUUCCAAGACAUAUAUUUGUCAAAUGGUGCUGUGAUAUACAUUUGUGAUAGUUUAGAAACUAAGGACUACGUGGCAGAAAUUCUUCCGAAAUUUGUCACUGCUACAGGUUUAAAACUGACAUUUAGAGAUAUUAGAAACUUAGUAAGGUAUACUAGAAUAGUAAUGAGAUUGCCAAAGGAACUUGCUAAUGUAGGAUCUCGUGAAAUUUUGCUCAAACUUCAAGAAAAAUAUCCCAAAUUAAAACUGGAUUGCUGGAAGUACUAUUCCGAUGUUGCUGGCAAACAGAAAAGACAAUUCGGUGUCGAACCCGAAUCUUUGGAUGUAAUCAAAAGUCCCAAUUUCGAUCCUACUUAUGAAAAUGAAAAAAUUGCUUUUAGAAUUAUUGACAGACAGAAACCAGAAGUCAACUUAGAAGAAUCUAACUGUACGGUAGAAAGUAAAGAAAUCGAAAGCGAAGAGGCGAAGAUAUUAAGAGAUAGAAUUGUUAAAACUAUGUAUAAUGUCAUAGAACCUGAUAAAAUGAACGCCACUUUAACCAAAAUAAGAGCCAACCACUAUUCAGAUGUCAUUGCAGAUGAUUUCAAACUGUAUGUUGGCCCAGCUAACUAUCCAGAAAUGCGCAUCGACGAAGCAAUGUAUUUGUCUAUAAAGAAAAUAUUUGAAAACGUUGUUUUUGAAGCUAUCUACCAUGAGAACGAUAAAUUUAUACCCAAAAUUCAUGAUUUUUACUUGUUUGAUGGCGUCAUAUUCAUCAUUUGCCAAGAUAUGGCUUCGCGGCUCUGGAUAGAAAAGAACAUUAAAUCAAUAAAUGAUAAAUUAAACGGGAAUUUGAAGGCGACAGAAUUUCGCGGAGCAGUAGGCAUUAUAAGCAUGGUUGUGAAAACUAGCAAAGAUUUUGAGGAAGUCAUUGAUACUUUGCAAAAGCAAAACCCAAGGCUGCGCACGAAAUAUUGGAGAAAGAUCAGUACAGUUAAAAGUAAAGUGAAACUCGACGUAGUUUUACAAAUCGACAAACUUUCUGCUUAUGUUAUAACAGAUAAAAAGUUUAACAAUAGAAUUGGUGAAAGUAACGUAGAGUUUAACCUCGGCCAUUUGAAAUCGCUAUUACAAAGAAAAACCCUAGAAGAAUUGAGUAAAGUAACAUCGAAAAAACAUACAAGUAAAGAUAAAGUAAAAGAAAAAACAAAGACUAAUGUCGAUCAAGUAUUGGCUACAAGCGAAUCAAAUAAUUCACACAAAACAAGUACUAAUGUUGCCGUAAGUAAAACAAAAACCGAAGAUGCAAAAUUAAUAAUGGAUAAAGAUCUAAAAUUGAAUGUUGGCGAAAGUAAAAUACUCUUUUAUAGCAAAUCAUCGGAUAAGGAUUCGAUAAACAGUUUUAACUACAUUGAAGAAAAUGAACAGGGGUUUACGAAAAUGGUUCUUAAAAUACCCACUCACAUUUUGCCGGAUUUUAACGAUGGCUUAGAAAUAAUAUUUGAUUUGUUGGAGGAUAAAAAUCCCGGUUUGAAUACCGAGCUGUGGAAAGUGGAGAAGAAAUCUCAGGUCGAAAAGGGUAGGUUUAUAGUUCUGGUGGAUAAACAGUCAGCAUCAGUUAUAAAAGGUAAGCAGUUCGACCCAACUUUGGGUGGAGAGAAGUUGAAGUUUUACUUCUGAACGAACUUCUACCCCGCAACUUGUUUUAAAAAUCUUAAUUGCUUUGGUACUUUGUUUAUAUUUAUUUUUGGUAUGUUGUUUGGUACUUUGUUUACUAACAAAAAGAUGAAUAGGUUAUUUCGCCCUUGUUUAUUAUUGUUGUUUUAUUUGCAUUUGGU